UCUGGACUGGCUUCUUCCUUUCAUUCAGUCAUCUUCCCUGAUCUGCUGGAGUGAGCACUGUCCUCCCUCCUCCAGCUCUCUCUCCCGGUUCUCUCCCGGUUCCCUCCCGGCUCCUCCAGCUCCUCCAGCUGGUGACCCUCUGCUCUCUCUCCGGUAGUCCGCGGUCUCCGGGGACUACAGCCACCACCACCAGCAGCAGCAGCGGGACCGAGCGCCCAUGGCAUCCCGGCUCUCCCUCACCCAGGGCCGGCUGGACGCCGAGCUGGAGCGCUACCGGGCCGAGUGUCAGUGGGACAAGAUCCCGGCCGCGGUGGAGCAGAUGCAGGCGGCCAAGAUCCACGAGGACGAUGACUAUGGGACGCUGCUGCUGGCCGAGUCGCUGCUGGAGGAGUGUCUGCAGGAAAACAUGGAUCUAUUACGGAGCUCCACGCCUUUGAUGGACAAGACCCAGCCCCGCCUGGGCCGAGCCAAAGGCUUCCUCAACACCAUCCUGAGCCGAGGACGCCUCACGCCCAGGUACUUGAACGAGGCUCUGCUGCUGAUGGCCAAAGUGCACUAUGUGCAGGGCCGCUACCGGGACGCCCAGGGAAUGUGUGCCAGGGUGGGCCUGGAGGAGCUGACGCAGGACGAGCAGCCCAACUACCACCUCCGCCUGCUGGCCGAGGCCUUCGUCAUUAAAGGUCUGUCGCUGGACCACCAGAUAGUGUCGUCGGUGUCUCGGGUCCGCCUGUCCGAGAGAGAGGAGGAGAGUCUGUCCUGUUACCUUCGAGCCUGCGACGCUGCUCUGUCCUUCCUGCAGGAGCUCGACAAGACUGUGACGACUCCCCAUGCCAAAGGAGCCAAAGCCGGCUCCCUCCAUUCACCUGCUGAAGUCGACCUGGGCUACUUCCUGCAGGCAGCUUUACAGAGUGCUUACCUCUGUCUUCUGCACAGGGGUCAUCUUGCACAGGGUGCUCAUCAGCUGCGUAGGGUGCUCAGAGUGGUGGAGUCACGAGGGUCUCAGAGCUUCAGGAAGUCUGCAGCGAAGAAGCUUGCAGAGGUGCUGCUGAGUUCUGUGAGCGAGGACAGUUACUGGCCCCCGCUGGGCCCCCCACCCUCAGCCUGGCUCCACAGGGAGGGGGCCGCCGCCUCCAAAGACGCCAUCUACCCCACCGUCAAACCGCCCCAGCGCUACAGCUCCGACUGUUGCUUCUGUCCUCAGGACGUGGUGGAGGAGGCUGUGCUGCUGCUGCUCAUCACCGAGUCCAUGGCAAGCGGCGAAGCUGUGAUCAGUCGUCUGCCGGACCAGGCCGAGGCCCGCCAGGCCAGCCUGCACGAUGCCACCUCGGUGUACGACCUGCUCACCAUCGGCAUGGCCAGGAGAGGGCAGUACGCCAUGCUGUGUGAGUGUCUGGAGCGAGCCAUGAAGUUCUCAUUCAAUGAGUUUCACCUCUGGCACCAGCUGGGCCUGUCACUCAUGGCUGCGGGGAAGGGGGUUGGUGCAGUGUCUGUAUUUAAAGAGUGUGCCCGGAUGAGACCGGAGGACCCCUCGCUGCCCCUGCUGGCUGCUAAAAUCUGCCUCGGUCAGCUGCACUGGUUGGAGGAGGCGGAGGCUCUGGCCCAGACCGUGGUGUGUAUGGGGGAGGAAGCAGGAGAGUUCCUGCCCAGGGCCUACCUGGCUCUGGGCCUCUGCUGCAGUCUCCAGGCCUCUGAUGCUUCUCUGAAAGGAGAUCGGAACGAUUUCAACAAGAAAGCUCUCCAAGCUUUGAGCAAAGCUCAGUCAUUAGACCCCCAGGACGCUCAGAUUGCCAUGUACCUGUCUCUGCAGCUGGCCCUCGUACGGCAGGUGUCUGCAGCCAUGGAGCCCCUGCAGUCGGCCUUGUCCCUCCGCGGGGACGACUUACACUCCCUCCACCUGCUGACCCUGCUGCUCAGUGCCCAGAAGCACCACCGCCACGCCCUGGACACCCUGAACCUGGCGCUCAACCAGCACCCCGACAACUUCAACUUGCUGUUUACCAAAGUGAAGCUGGAAGAGGCUCUGUUCGGCCCCACCGCAGCCCUGCAGACCUGCGAGGAUAUGCUGCAACGCUGGCAAAUCCGCUACGACGUCAGCCGCUCCAGCGAGACGGACGACAGCAGCAGUAUACCGAUGGCGGAGAGAGCGGAGGUCAGCCCCGGAACCAGGAAGCCCUCCAUCCACCUCACCCUGCCAGACUUCCAGGACGCCUCCACAGGUUCCCAAUCUCCGUCCUCGGUCGCGGUUUCCCGUCUGGAGGCGGCGCUCUCCGAGGUGUCGGACAUCAGCUCCACGCGUCGCCAAGGACCCACCUACAUCUGGAACACCCUGGAACGCAUCUGGCUUCAGGCUGGCGAGCUGUUCAUGGCAGACGGCCGGCUGAAGGAGGCACAGUUUUGCAUCGCCGAGGCCAGCGCCAUCUUCCCCAACUCCCACUCUGUUCUGCUGCAGCGGGGCCGCCUGGCCGAGCUCCGGGGCCAACUGGACGAAGCCAAGGGCCUGUAUGACGAGGCCCUGGCCAUCCAUCCCACCGGAGAGCGAAUACUGGUGCACAUGGGUCUUCUCCUGGUGAAAACCGGGCGCGUGCACCUCGGAGAGAAGGUGCUGCGCGACGCCGUUCAGAUCCACAGCACCUCUCACGAGGCGUGGAGCGGCCUGGGCGAGGCCCUGCAGAGCCGCGACUGCAGCCAGGCGCCCGACUGCUUCCUGACAGCGCUGGAGCUGGAGGCCUCCUGCCCCAUCCGGCCCUUCACCAUCAUCCCCCGAGAGCUCUGACACCCCGGCGGGGGGGGGGACCGGGAUUAAAGAACUGAGGGUGAAGAUAGAAAACCAAAGUUAAAAUGUGUUUCAAAUGAAUGGUCGAUUCAUAAAAGGAUCUCUUUGCUUUCUUGCUGAGAGGGAGACUGGAAGAUUGAUGCUGCUGCUGUGUUUGUCCAGUGAGUCUGAUGUAAGACACAGAAGGUUUCGCCCCCAGGACUGAAAUGUUAGCACCGUUUCUGCAACCUUUCUGUGGAUGAAUGAAAGUUUCUGCAGACCACGGGUAGAUAACAGUCGUGAGAGAAUCGGUGGUCCUGCGUCGCGCUGAGACUGGUUCAGUGGCUGUUGUCAUGGUGUUGUGACCAAAGACAACCUGUGAUAAAAUCCUGAGUGUCAGAAAUUUGGGGUGAUGAACUCUUAGCGUGACUGCUGCUUUGACCCACGUCGACCAACUAACCAGUGGAAAUGUAAUGUUCUUAAGCUCCAGUCAUGAAAUUGUUGGCCUCAUGUCCAAGUCCAAAUCCAUAUUCUCCUGUUUUGGGGUUUUCUCUACAAGCAAAAAUCACACAGUUUGACUGUUUGGGUUGUUGGACACUGGAAACAAGAAGAAAACCAGGCAGCACCAUAAACAUGAAGUCAGGGUACCUGGACUGAAUCAAGCAGCUUCAGUAUCGAAGCUUCACCAAAGUAGAGUCGGUCAUGAUGUUAGUGAAGUGUUGGUCGUUGCUACGAUAGCACUGAAAGUCCAAUCUAUUGGAUUUUUCAAGGAACUGCUGUAGAAAUCUGGAUAGUCAACUUGUCUUUGGUCUGCAGGAACUUUGAUACUAGAUUUGUUAAAUUUGUUGGAUGGAUGUUUUGAACAUAUAUUUUCUCAUCUCUCUUUUAGCAAGAAAGCACAGACGUUUGAAUAUUCCUCAAUUGUAAUACCUUCAAAUUAUACUUUCACUUUAUGUGCAUUUUUCAGCACUGUACAGAACACAAACAUCCUGUGGCACAUCUUUUGAAACAUCACCUUGAACACUUCCUAAAAACACAGUUGCUUCAACUGUGUGAAAUGUUUCAAGCACUCUUAUGAAACCUCGCCUCCCGUGGAGUGAGUGGUUGGCUGAAGUUAGCGAUGGCGGACGGUUAAUAGUCUGAGAUGAUCACAGCCGAUGAGCGUCGCCGUGAAGCUGGGGGAAUCACAGCGAUGUGCUGGCUGCAUCCCGACACUGAAUGCGCAUUGUUUCAGUGUGUAGGUAGUGAACAUAUAGACCGUCAGUCGCAGCAGCAGCAGCUCCACUUCAUCCUUAUUUUAACCUGUGAUGUAUUUUUAAUGAUGGCGUUGAUUGACACAGCUUUAUUGCACGCACGCACACACACUGCUUCUCAUCUUCAGAUGAGAGCUCAUAUAUUUUGUAGAGGUGGUAUCAUACCUUGUGGCAUCUUAUAUGUAUCUGUACACUGUAUGUGCGUGCGUGUUUUCCUACACUGUACCUUUACAUUAUGUAUUUCCAUGCAUGUGUGUUUGCUUUUAAAUGAUCCCUCCCGGGUGUUAUCAGUCCCUGUUCUGUUUGUUCUCUUUGUACGCUACAGAAGGCGACUCAUCCGCUCGUGUGUGUGUGUGUGUGUGUGUGUGUGUGUGCGUUUUGUCCCUUCUUUUUUUUUUUUUUUUUUUUUUGACUCAUCUGUUUGUAAUGCUCUCCAUUAUAAACAACAAU